GCACCUGGCAAAUGGGAAUUCUCUUUCUCUACUUGAUCAUUGGAUUUUGAUUUCAAGCUCCUCUCUCUCUCUCUCUCUUAAAUUGUUUUGAGCCUGCAGCAAAUAACUCAAAUACUAUCUGGGUUAUAGUUUUGGCAAUGAAUUCUGUUUAUUACAAAGAACAGGAUGAUGGGAGUAGUUCGAAUCCUAUGGGUUCAGUUCCAUGGUGGAGUGGAUUUGUGACUCGAUCAUCUCUUGAAGAAUCCAUCCCAUUGAAGCCCUCAUCAAUGGAAAACCAGACUACUUAUGGAAGACAACCAUCAGAUCAUGAUGCAGAUCAAGUGUUCGAGAAAAGGGAUAUAACACAAUUCAAUAUGUUUACUGGUGACUGCAAGAAUCCAUCGAACUGGCAAAAAGGUCAUGUUGACCUAGGAUUUGGUCAGCCGGCCGUGAUAUGUGGUGAGUACCCUUACGGGGAUCGAUGUUAUGGAGUGUUCUCAACUUACGGACCUCAGAUAAAGGGUCGGAUGCUGUUACCUUUAAACUUGAGCAAUGAUGAUGAACCGAUAUUUGUGAAUGCAAAGCAAUAUCAUGGAAUAAUAAGACGUAGAAGAUCUCGUGCAAAGGCAGAGAUGGCAAAGAAAGUUCUGAAAAAUCGUAAGCCAUAUUUGCACCUUUCACGUCAUCUCCAUGCAAUGCGUCGACCAAGAGGGAAUGGGGGCCGUUUCCUAAACACCAAAAAGAAGGAUGACUGCAAAGAUGAAAUUAUGGAUUUGAAAAGGGGCGAGAAUGUUUCUGGAUCUCCAAAUUGUACUGUUCUGCUGUUGGAUGAUAGCAACUUGACCUCUCCUUGCGAACCAAAUGGUAAUAGGUCACAUGUUUCCCGGUCAGAGGUGACUAGUGCAUUCUCCAUUGGAGACCUCAAACACUUCCAAAUCGGGAAUCUUUCUGUUGUCUCUCUUUCAGACAUGAUGAUUUCUGGCAACACCAAACAUGGUUUUUCCAUGCACGGCAAACGGGUUUCAAUGGCAAGCGGUGGUAGUCACUAUAACGCCAAAUGGGGUUCCAAUGUGUUGUAUAAUUGACGUGUUGGACCCCACCUUCCUCCAGCCAAAUGAAGUGA